AUGGCUGCUAUCAACAAGAUCGCCAUCAACUCGCCGUCGAGGCAGAACCCCUCCGAGCUGGAGACCGCGAUCGCCGGUGCUCUCUUCGACCUCGAGAGCAACACACAGGACCUGAAGGCCACUCUCAGGCCCCUGCAGUUUGUCUCUGCCCGUGAGGUCGAGGUCGGCCACGGCAAGAAGGCAGUCAUCAUCUUCGUCCCUGUCCCUCUCCUCCAGGGCUUCCACAAGAUCCAGCAGCGUCUGACCCGUGAGCUCGAGAAGAAGUUCUCCGACCGCCACGUCCUCUUCGUUGCUCAGCGCCGCAUCCUGCCCCGCCCCAAGCGCUCCGCCAGCUCUCGUUCCAACCAGAAGCAGAAGCGUCCUCGUUCCCGCACUCUGACUGCUGUCCACGACGCCAUCCUCACCGACCUCGUCUACCCCGUCGAGAUCGUCGGCAAGCGUACCCGCACCAAGGAGGACGGCUCCAAGACCCUCAAGGUCAUCCUGGACGAGAAGGAGCGUGGUGGUGUUGACCACCGCCUUGAUGCCUACGGCGAGGUCUACCGUCGGUUGACUGGCCGUGCUGUUGUCUUUGAAUUCCCCCAGGGUGGUGCCGACUACUAG